CCUUCAGUGUGUGUCUGUGAAUGUGAGGGUCCCAGUAACAGUGCAGGUUUGCGCCCGGCCCUGCCUAUGGGUGCGGGGACGUGUGGGUGUGUAGGCAUGUGUGGGUGUGUUGGGGAGGGUGCCCAGCGACAUGUGACAAAGACUCCCGUCUCUGGGAGAUGGUGAAGAGGCCCGCGAGCUGGCGCUUUGUCUGGCUGUCUGCAGAGUGACGGUUCGCGCAGCGGCGGCGGGCGCCCGUGCGGUGCAGGAUGCCGGGGCGCCAGGGUGGCCGGGGGCGCGCGCGCCUGUGCCAGGGUGAGUGCGCUGCGGCAGUGCUGGGGGGCUGCGCGGCGGACCGGCGCCGGCCGGGGCCUGGGGCGUGACCAGGAGCCACCCGUGGGCGCUGCAGUGGCCGCAUGUCCCCGUGACCUCGGGAUCCGGCCCGGGCCCGGGUGGAUCCCCGCGCGCCCCUCCCCGUCCGCCCUCCACGUGCGUGUCCGCGGAGCGCGUGCUCGCUGGCGCGCACCCACCUGCCUGUCGCCGCCGUCGCCGCCACCGCAAGCCGCGCCGGGAAAAGGUGCCGGGAACCGAGUGAGCCGGGGCCGCGGGCCCGAGCGCCAUGGGCCGGCGGGUGCGCGGCGGGCGGCCGGUCAGCCCAGGGCCUCGCCCCCACGGGAGAGCCGCCUGGAGUCGGCGAGGGCCGGCCGGGCCCACGGGGAGGCCAGCCCGCGCCCCCUGAGCUACAGACGCCAGGUGAGGGGGCCGCGGGGUACAGCGCGGAGGCUGUCAGGGGAGGGGCGACGGGCCACAGGAAACGUCUGGGGGGAGCCUUCCCUGGCGCGGGAGGGGAUGGCGCGGAGGGGGGUGCUGGCGAUUCCAGGGGACGCCAGGGAAAGGAACUUCCGGGACCCUCCCUGUUCUUUUGGCCACCUCUGCUUCCUGCCUCAUGCCUCAUCUUGUCCCCCGAGCCUGGACUCCCCCUAACUGCUUAGGAAAUGUGACCUUUACUCAGGGGGGCCUGUCCCUGCAAGCCCCAGCCUUCCCUCAACCCUGGGGGGCCCCUGUGGCCUCUGACCCUCACCCCCUCCAGGCCAGGCUCUGGAAGCUGGCCCCUGGGACUGGGCCCUGGGCACAGGGAGCACCUACACCAGCCGCACCUGUACCUGGGCUGUGGCCCUUCCCUACAGGGAGCUCACCAUGGCCCCACCACUCCUGCUGCUGCUGCUGGCCAGUGGAGCGGCCGCCUGCCCACUGCCCUGCGUCUGCCAGAACCUGUCCGAAUCGCUCAGCACCCUCUGUGCCCACCGAGGCCUGCUGUUCGUGCCGCCCAACGUGGACCGGCGCACAGUGGAGCUGCGGCUGGCUGACAACUUCAUCCAGGCCUUGGGGCCCCCGGACUUCCGCAACAUGACAGGGCUGGUGGACCUGACCCUGUCCCGAAAUGCCAUCACCCGCAUUGGGGCUCGCGCCUUUGGGGACCUGGAGAGCCUGCGCUCCCUGCACCUGGACGGCAAUAGGCUGGUGGAGCUGGGUGCCAGCAGCCUUCGGGGCCCCGUUAACCUGCAGCACCUCAUCCUCAGUGGCAACCAGCUGGGCCGAAUCGCGCCGGGGGCCUUCGAUGACUUCCUGGACAGCCUGGAGGACCUGGACCUGUCCUACAACAAUCUGCGGCAGGUACCCUGGGCUGGCAUCGGUGCCAUGCCCGCCCUGCACACCCUCAACCUGGACCACAACCUCAUCGACGCACUGCCCCCAGGCGCCUUUGCCCAACUCGGCCAGCUCUCCCGCCUUGACCUCACCUCCAACCGCCUGGCCACCCUGGCGCCCGACCCGCUCUUCUCCCGGGGGCGCGACGCUGAGGCCUCGCCCACCCCCCUGGUGCUGAGCUUCAGCGGGAACCCCCUGCACUGCAACUGUGAGCUGCUCUGGCUGCGCCGGCUGGCCCGGCCCGAUGACCUGGAGACGUGCGCCUCCCCGCCAGGCCUGGCUGGCCGCUACUUCUGGGCAGUGCCCGAGGGCGAGUUCUCCUGUGAGCCCCCCCUUAUUGCCCGCCACACGCAGCGCCUCUGGGUGCUGGAGGGCCAGCGGGCCACGCUGCGGUGCCGGGCCCUCGGCGACCCUGCGCCCACCAUGCACUGGGUUGGCCCUGAUGACCGGCUAGUCGGCAACUCCUCCCGAGCCCGGGCUUUCCCCAACGGGACCUUGGAGAUUGGGGUGACAGGCUCUGGAGACGCAGGGGACUACACCUGCAUUGCCACCAACCCUGCUGGUGAGGCCACAGCCCGCGUAGAGCUACGGGUACUGGCCUUGCCCCACGGCGGGAACGGCAGCGCUGAAGGGGGCCGCCCGGGGCCCUCGGACAUUGCUGCCUCAGCCCGCACUGCUGCCGAGGGUGAGGGGACGCUAGAGUCUGAGCCAGCUGUGCAGGUGACAGAGGUGACCGCCACCUCAGGGCUGGUGAGCUGGGGGCCAGGGCGGCCAACGGACCCCGUGUGGAUGUUCCAAAUCCAGUACAACAGCAGCGAGGACGAGACCCUCAUCUACCGGAUCGUCCCAGCCUCCAGCCACCACUUUUUGCUGAAGCACCUAGUCCCUGGUGCCGACUAUGACCUCUGCCUGCUGGCCUUGUCACCCGCCGCUGGGCUUUCCGACCUCACGGCCACCAGGCUGCUGGGCUGUGCCCACUUCUCCACACUGCCAGCCACACCCCUGUGCCACGCCCUGCAGGCCCACGUGCUGGGCGGGACCCUGACCGUGGCUGUGGGGGGUGUGCUGGUGGCUGCCUUACUGGUCUUCACUGUGGCCUUGCUGGUUCGGGGCCGGGGGGCUGGGAAUGGCCGUCUUCCCCUCAAACUCAGCCACGUCCAAUCCCAGACCAAUGGAGGCCCCAGCCCCACGCCCAAGACCCACCCGCCGAGGAGCCCCCCGCCUCGCCCCCAGCGCAGCUGCUCCCUAGACCUGGGAGACACCGGGGGGUGCUACGGUUAUGCCAGGCGCCUUGGAGGAGCCUGGGCCCGACGGAGCCACUCUGUGCACGGGGGGCUGCUCGGGGCAGGGUGCCGGGAAGUGGGGGGCAGUGCGGAGAGGCUGGAAGAGAGCGUGGUGUGAUGGGAAGGGAACCAGCCCGGGGCAGAGGGCGUGGGGCGGGCAGCCGCCUGGCUGGUAGGUCAGUACUGCCUGCAAGUCCCUCCGGUUUACCCUCGGUACCUCAGGCCCCCUUUAUGCUUGGCAGGACAGGGGGCCCUCCCUCUGGUUCUGGCCCCCAGAUGGGCGUAAGGGGACAGGUCCCUCUGACAGGUGCUCACAGCCACUGAGGCAGGGGCUGCAGCCACCAAGUGGGAGUCUUGUUUUUCUUUAUAAUAAAAUUGUUGGGGACACCUCAA